UCUCCUCUCUCUCCAUUCUCUCUCUCCUUUGCAGAUAUUCAGUGCGCAUUUCGUCUUACUCUCUGGAUCCUGUGUUUGGACCCCUGUUCAGCUCCACAGUGGAUGAGAGAACCGUGGGAAUUUUCUCAGACUUGAAGAAAAAAAACCGACUUUUUGCAGCUGUUGUUGCUCAUCAGACGUGAAGGAGCAGCAGAGCCGGUUCGUUCAGGUGUUAUUCCUAUGUGUCUCAGACCAUGAGCAGUCCACUUGAGAGGGCUGUGGCCCAGAAGAAGGAGGCCAUCGAGGCGGCGAUGGACAUGUUUGAGAAGGGGUCCGAGGUGUUGGCCAGCGCUGUGGGCGAGCUCUUCCCGCUCUGUGAGGCCGCCGCUCCCGUCCUCCGCCUGGCCUUAGACAAUGUCCUCAGCAAAGAGGUCUUCUACGUCAAGGAGCAGUUCCUGGCGGUGAGGAACAAGCUUGACGUGCUCUCCACACAACUGGAAGACAUUGACUGCGAGAUCAAGAAGGGGAGACUGGAUUCCCAGUACUUCUCUGUGGAGGAGAACAUUAGGAACCAGUUUCGGAAGUAUAUGGACAUCUUGGAGGCAAAACCGCAGUUCAGGGAAGUGAAGACCAGACUUUUUGUGGAGCACUUUGCCAAAACCGGAGGAGAGAAGAACCUGUUUGUGCUGUAUGACGCUCUGAUGGGGACAAACAGCUUUGGAGAGUCCGUUUUAGAGUUAGUGGAAAGGUAUGUAACGAGGAACCGUCGUCUCCUGGAAGAUUUCUGUGUCCGGAUGAAGGAGCUCUUCUGUCUGGGCCUGAUUGCUCUACUGGGCCACUGUGCCUUAACCCAGCGCCAAGAUGAAGAAGAUGACAAAAUCCAAGAGUGGAGCAGCAAAAUUGAAGAAGUAGAGUCCAGGAUGAAGACCACCAUCGAGUUGUGCAUCGCUGCUUUCCCAGAGCAAGCGCAACUAGAUGCCAAACACCUCCUGCAAGAAAAGGAAGGCGAUAAUCUGCAAGAUACAACUCAGCAGCUUCUGGAGUUCUUGGUGAAGAAGUAUGAUUGGAUUAGCUGGUCGGUGCGGCUCAUCAACCACUCAGGAAGCACCUACCGGAACUGGAGAGCAGGGGAGCAUUUCCACCACGUGGCGGGGAAGAACUGGUUCGAGGUGCUGCAGGUGAACAACAUCAACCUGGUGGUGUCGUACAGCACCAAACCACAGCCGGUGCCUCAGGGCUGCAUCCAGCAGGCGAUGGAGGGCCAGGGGAAGAAGGGGAACGCUCCGGCCGUGGUGGAGGUGUUGGAGAAGCAGCUGUGUGGGUUUGUUGUUCACGCCGUCAGUCGCCACAAGGAGUCUGCAGCUGCGUGGAGCUUUCCGGAAGACUGUCACUACUGGGAGAGACACAAGAAUGUGGCAGUGUGUGUGCACUCAGAGUAAAGCAGACAGGUGUAAAGAUGGUUAUACAGAUGAUUAUCAUGGCAAAACAUAUAUAGAUUAUAGAUAUGUUUGGGGGGGGGAAAGCAAUUAUGUUAUCAGUAUAAUGAAUCGUUGACCUUGAUUAUUAUACAUUUGUCUUUUUUUAACCAACGAAUUACACUUAUUUGUGUGUAUAGCGGAGAGACAAACUUAAAAAUGAUUUAAGAUUUGAGUAUUUACAUACACAACAUUCUGUAUUAUAAGUGUAUUGUUAACAGAAUAUCAAUAUUUAAUUUCUGAAAUAUCACAGUUAUCGAUACAUAUAUAUAUUGCAGUAAGACACCCCUACUUGAUACUGUCAUAAAUACAAUUGUAUUGACCUGGUGUACACAUAAAUACCUUUCUCUUUGGAA